AUGCGGACCGCCAGGCGGGCCAGCAACGUGGAGGUGCCCUCCUUCCUGCGCCAGCUGGCCAAGGAGACCGAGAAGAUGGUCACCUUCUUCUUCAAGGGGGGGCCGCGAGAACGGGACGCGGGCGAGGACCGGGACGCGGACGGGGAGGACGCGGCGCCCAGCCCCUACCUGGACCGGCCCGUCCUGGAGAAGGUGGUGGCGGAGGGGGGGUGCGGGCGGGGCACCAGCUACGCCGUGGCCAGCAUGCAGGGCUGGAGGAGCUCCAUGGAGGACGCCCACACCUGCCUGCCCGCUCUGAAGGCCCCUCUGGCGGCCUGGAGCUACUACGCCGUGUUCGACGGCCACGCCGGCAGCAGCGUGGCCCAGUACUGCUCCAGGAACCUGCUGGACCACAUCCUGGCCUCAGGGGCCCUGCGAGAGGAGGAGGACCCCGAGGAGGUGAAGGAGGGGGUGGGCAGUGCCUUCCUGGCGCUGGACUCCCACAUGCACCAGCUGACCCGGCGGGACGACUGGGAGCGCAGCGGAUCCACGGCGGCGGCCAUCCUGAUCUCGCCGCACCACCUCUACUUCAUCAACUGCGGCGACUCGCGCACCCUGCUGUGCCGCGACGGCGCCGUGGCGUUCUACACCGAGGACCACAAGCCCUGCAACCCGCGGGAGCGCGAGCGCAUCCAGAACGCGGGCGGCUCCGUGACGCUGCAGCGCGUCAACGGCUCGCUGGCCGUGUCCCGCGCCCUGGGGGACUUCACCUUCAAGGAGGUGGGCUGGCGGCCGCAGACGGAGCAGCUGGUGUCCCCGGAGCCCGAGGUGUACGAGAUGGAGCGCAGCGCCGACCGCGACGAGUUCCUCAUCCUCGCCUGCGACGGCGUCUGGGACGCCAUCGGCAACGAGGAGCUGUGCGCCUUCGUGAGGAGCCGGCUGGUGGUCUGCGAGGACCUGAGGGAGAUCUGCUGCCAGGUCCUUGACCUCUGCCUCUACAAGGGAAGCCUGGACAACAUGAGCAUCAUCCUGGUGUGUUUCCCUGGCGCCCCCCAGCUGUCCCAGAAGGCACUGCAGGAGGAGGCGGCGCUGGAGAAACAGAUCGACCUCACAGUGGGCGAGAUCAUCGCGUUGAUCAGGUCCAGGAACGAGGAUCCUGACCUGCUGUACGUCAUCAAGUUCCUGACGGCGGAGAACCUGGAGGGGCUUCCCCCAGGGGGCGGGGUCAUCAGCAAGCGUGACUGCAUCAUCGCUGCCUACCAGAAGCACAUCCUGGCUGGGAAGAGCCAGGAGCCAAUGAUCAUCUGGGGGGUCCACCACACUGGUCCUCUCACAGAUCAUCUGGGGGGUCCACACUGGUCCUCUCACAGAUCAUCUGGGGGGUCCACACUGGUCCUCUCACAGAUCAUCUGGGGGGUCCACCACACUGGUCCUCUCACAGAUCAUCUGGGGGGUCCACCACACUGGUCCUCUCACAGAUCAUCUGGGGGGUCCACCACACUGGUCCUCUCACAGAUCAUCUGGGGGGUCCACCACACUGGUCCUCUCACAGAUCAUCUGGGGGGUCCACACUGGUCCUCUCACAGAUCAUCUGGGGGGUCCACCACACUGGUCCUCUCACAGAUCAUCUGGGGGGUCCACACUGGUCCUCUCACAGAUCAUCUGGGGGGUCCACCACACUGGUCCUCUCACAGAUCUCAUGAAGGAGAGCGUAUCUGCUCCUCAGUUAAUAAUGAAGCUCUGACUCCUCUGACCAAUCAGGACGUCGUCCAGGAGGAGCCGGAGAAAGACUCCAGCUCCAGUGAAUGA